AUGCGAGGUGAGGGAGAGGCGAGCGCGAGGGGGGCGGCGACCGAAGGGAGCUCACAGGAGGGGUCGAGCAGUCCGGCGGGGAAGGCGGCCGGGGAGGAGAUGCAAGGCUGUGGCGGGGCAAAAGGGGGGUCCGGUGGCAGCGCGGUGGAGGCCGCCGGGGGCGCCGGAGGGGCGCGGGAGGGAUGUGGCCGAAGGGGCACAAGCGUGCGCAGGAGCAAUGCUCCGGGCGCGGCGAUGGCGAGCGUGGCCGCGGGCGACGUCGAGCAGUGCGUGGGUGAGGGACAGAGGGGAGAGGAGGAGCGAGAGGUGCUCACGGCGGCCGUAGGGGAUGGGCAGUGGGGCUCGGGGUGGUCGACGGGGACGACGACGACGCAGGGGAGGAGGCGACGAGGGCGUCCGGCGAGGAGGAGGGCGGCGACGCAGCGUCGGGGAGGCAGGGUCGAGGUAGCUCCAGGCGGGGUUCAGCGACGACGCGGUCGUGGACGGGGCGGCGAGGUGGCGGGGCGCCGGCAGGGCGACGGGCUGCGGCGUCGAGCGACGCGGGAGCGCCAGCCGCCGUCGGGGCACAGGCGAGGUCGAGGGGUCGCGACGGGGCGGUAG